GUUGUUUUUUGUUGUUGUUUUAUAUCAAAUUUGUAAACCGUAAAUUAGUGUUUUUGUUAGCGGAAGUUUAUAGAUUUGAUGGCUUAUUAUACUGAAAUUUGGCGGACAUUAGAAUUAAAAUCGGUUGUGAAUCGUCUGCAUUUAUUGCCGUGUUUAUUUGACUCUGUGACACUUAUACCGCUUCCGUGUUCUUGGAUUUAGAAAAUGGUGUGACACUUUAUCUAGGCAUUAUUUAUUGAACAAAUCGAUUGGUUACCGAUCGUCAAGGCAAAUAAAUUUAAUCGCUACAUCUGGAACUUGUUUAUAGACAACUUUACGCGUGGUAAUUACCGCCAAUUUCUAACCGUUUCCAGGAGACCCGCUGAUAAAUCACGUGCGAAGAAUAGCAGACGACAGUUAAAGGAAAUAUAAUGUGCUAGCGUUCUUUAACAUUAAAGUAACCAUUUUGUCAGUGGAAUUAUAUUUUGAUAUAGUGAAAAUGUCACUACAGACUCUUAGGGAAGCUGCUAAGAUGGGAGAGAUCACAGAACAGCAUUUAAAAGAUAUCCAAGACACAUUCAAACUUUUAGACACUGACCAUGACGGUCGAUUAUCGAAGGAUGAAUUAUCAACUUUACUACGUUACACCGGAAGUCUGAAAUCGGAAGCGGAAAUGAAGGAACUUUUGGCGCCAAUUGAUACAGAUCAUAACGGAAGUAUAGAUUAUGACGAGUUUAAACAAUUCAUUAUAGAAAAAGACAUUUUAAAGUCACUAGCUGACGAAGUUUGUUACGAGAUGCAAGAUGCAUUUAAUAUAUUCGACAAAGAUGGUGAUGGUUUUAUUACUAAAGCUGAAUUGAAAAAAGUGCUCACAAAAAUAGGUGACAAGAUGCCGGAAGAAUUAGCAGACGAGUUUAUACGAGAGGCUGAUCUAAAUGGGGAUGGAAAAAUAGAUUAUCAAGAAUUUUGCAAACAUAUGGGAUAUUGAGAAAAAGAAGUUCAUCAACGCUCAUCAUUCAACUAAUCAAAUCUACAGAGAUAAGAACAUGUUCAUUCAUAGGUUAAAUUUGCUCAACGGACAAACAAAUCAUCCACUUUGAAUUGUGUAGACAUUAAAUAGGUAGAGAACUAUUUUAAAAUCGAGUCAUAUCACUGACUCAAGUAUUAAAUAACGCCAUAGUGAUUACAUUCUGGCAUCGGUUCAGAAUGACUUUUUCCAGGAAAUAUGUGGCAGUGGGGUUGAUAUAAAGUAACAAUUAUGUUUGUGCCAUGACAAGCUAGCCUAUAAGAAGAAUAUGUUCAAUGAACUAGUGUAAAUCGCGUGUUUUAGGCGAUUUUGUUGAUGAUUUGACUUUCUAUGUGUACAACAAAGUGCUUGGCAUCCCAUGCCUUUAUUCACGGCACGGACUUUAAUUGAAGCCCGUGCUUAAUUGUAAUAUAAUUUUCAUUAAAAAUACUAAUCCCAACAAGUGCAGAUUGUGAUUUAUUCUCAGUAAUGUGUAUUGAAUUUACAUGAAGAUCUGAUGUAACUUAGAAGAAAAUUUAAGAAGAAAAUGGAGCAGGAAUAGUUACAUUGUAUAUGUAUAUCUUUGUAAACUACAACAUGUAUUAACCAACAUCAUCCAACUCAUUUACGAUUAAUUAACCAAUCAAAAUUUUCAUUUAUUAUUUGAUACAAUAAUCCAUAUCUUAGGGUGUUCUCUGUAAGGAAGCUAUCCAUUUGUUUUACGAAAUGUUGAUGGUUCUUCGCGGGUUCCGUACAAGGAGGGGCACCUGGAGCGUUUCUCCACCAGUAAAGCUUGACAAAUCGCCAACACAUAAAACAUUAACAUUAAAAAAAAAUAUUUGCAAACAAACUUCGGUUGUGCCCCCCGAGUGAAACCCUUAAAUAUGUAAAGGAAAGAAAUGUGUUGGCAAAGUGUGAACAUAGUGUGGAGAUCCAUUUCAAAAUCUGUUUCAGGGUUGGUUUUCACAGAUGUACAUGUAUUUGAGAAGGGUUGUUCAUAAAAUAAUUCGUUUUAUUAUACCUCACGUUUAACGUUUUACUGUAUAUUCAAACGUGACUUCACGUGGUGUUAUUUCGAUAUGAAUUUCACCCGGUCAACAAUGUUUUUGCAAUAUCCCCCAAGGGCGAGUAAUCUAUAAAGACUUAAGAAAAUGUAAUGUUCUAGUUCUCUCCCCUGAUAAAAAUCAAUGCUGGCUCUCGGUACAUCAUGUGUUAUUUCAGUUCUCGGGAGACAUGCUUUAUUUUUAUACUACCAGUUAACUGGAUAGCUGAAUAUACUACUUCUUAAUGGAGAUAAAGACAAUAGACUGACAAAUUAAUAUUUUGCUUUAAAUUUUUAUAAAAUUUCUUAAUUAAUAUGCUUAGGUUUCCCUGUGUUUGUUAAAAAAAACCAAAAACCAAUGUCGUCAGUUGGGUAUAAUUAAUAUAUUAUGUAAUAAAGAUUAAAUUGUAAUAUAAAA